AUGGAAAGUAGAAAGUUUAAAAUAUUAGUAACUCUAUUUUUAGUAUUAUAAAUUAUUUAAAACAUGAAUGAAUGAAUAUGGUAUGUAUAUAGUUAGGAAGAAGGGGAGUAUAUUGGUAUUGGGUACGUAGUAUAACUAUAUAGGAAGCAAGCAUAGUAUUAGUAGUAAUGUAUGGUAUGCCAAUAAAUGAAAGGUGAGGGUAUAUUUGUCAUUUUAUAUAGCUUGUAAAAUAUCUAUAUAGGUAGAGGCCUGAGGGGAUUGGUUGUUGGGAGUUAAAUAUUUAGUUUAAUUAGUAGUACUUUCGUGUUGUUGUUGACUUCAUGACUAUUUGAAUAUAUAUAUAUUAUUCAUGAGUUUCGUGUCUUCCUUUUUUCCAUAUAACAUAUUCUCACAAAUAUUAAUAUAAAAGGCUCCCUCUAUCUCAUUUAUAUUUUAUUGUAGAGAAGAAAGAGAGAAUGAUGAUGAGAAGAAGUAGGAAAGAAGAAGAGGAUGAGUACUGUUUGACGUUGUUGAGAGAAAGGAUCAUUGGAGGAGGAAACUUAAGCAAAAUAAGAGGAAAGCAUGGACUCACAACUCCUGAGAUUCAAUCUUUGAGAGCUGUCUGUGACACUUUAAUACCUUCUUUGAGUUACUACUAUUAUUCUAAACACCAACAAGAAGAUCGUGAUGAUGAAGUAGCUGUACUCAAACACUUCUUGGCUUCUUCUGGGGCUCACUUUCCAAUCCCUGAAGAGGUAGGAGAGUUAUUAAUGAAAAGAUCAUCUAUCAUAGAAGGGAGGUGGAUAGUGAGAUUGGUGUUGAUGAUGCUGGGAACAAGGAUUGGAACACUCUUCCUCUCUGGCUCACUCUGCUUUAAUUCUACUAAUAGUAAUAGUAGUAAAUGGGGGGGAUUAUUAUUCCUUAAUAACAAUAUUAACACCUUCUCAGCAAUGUCACCGCAGAAGAGAGAAAAAGUUGUUCAAAAAUGGUUGAAACACAAGUAUUUCACACCUCUCAGGCUCGCCUUUCUCUACCUCAAAGUCGUUACUCUCCACACUUUCUUCUCCAGGGUUGAUGAAAAUGGAGAGAAUCCAACAUGGAAAGCAAUUGGAUACAAAGUACACAAAUCAAAAAAAGAGGAAGUGACUAUUAUUAGACCAUUGGACAAAGCAACAGUCCAAACCAUUUACGAAAACGACACAACUUUUCUCAACGCCCUUUCCCAAAAAGGCCUAAACGACGUCGUUCUCCACCAAAACAUCUACAACAUUAGAUGCGACGUUCUCGUUCUUGGCUCCGGCUGCGGUGGAGGAGUCGCCGCCGCACUCCUCGCCCAAUCUGGCCAAAGGGUCAUCGUCCUCGAGAAGGGUAACUAUUUUGCUCCCUCAGAUUUCUCCUCCCUCGAAGGUCCCUCCUCCGAUCACAUGUACGAAUACGGCGUUACUUUCGGCACCUUAGACGGAACCGUGGCAAUCAUGGCUGGAACCGCCGUCGGCGGUGGCUCACUCAUCAAUUGGUCGGCUUCGAUUCGAACCCCGAAAUCAGUUCUCAAAGAAUGGAGUGAGGACGAAAAAUUGAGUCUUUUUGGGAGCGAGGAGUACGUUUCGGCCAUGGAUUCUGUCUGCGAAAGACUUGGAGUGACCAAUAAAUGUAAGGAAGAAGGGUUUCAGAAUCAAGUUCUGAGAAAAGGGUGCAAGAAUCUGGGUCUGGAUGUUGAGUUCGUCCCCAGAAAUAGCUCGGAGGAUCAUUACUGUGGGUCUUGUGCCUAUGGCUGCCCAACAGGGGACAAGAAGGGUACUGAUUCUACUUGGCUCGUCGAUGCCGUUGAAAACGGUGCUGUUUUGCUCACUGGUUGUAAAGCCGAGAGGCUUAUAUUGGAGAAAAACAACGGCAUGAGUAGAAGUGGAAGAAAGAACAAGUGUUUGGGAGUAAUGGCCAGAAGUGUGGGUGAUGGGGUCAAAAGAAUGAUUCGAAUUGAGGCAAAAGUCACAAUUUUAGCCUGUGGAGCUCUCUACACUCCACCAUUGAUGAUCAAUAGUGGUUUGAAGAACAAGAACAUUGGAAGAAACCUUCACCUCCACCCUGUUUUAAUGGCAUGGGGUUACUUCCCCGAAUCCAAUUCAGAAUUCACAGGGAAGAACUAUGAAGGGGGAAUAAUUACUUCAGUCCACAAAGUGUUUGGCUCUGAUGGUGAUGAUGGUGGUGGUAACCAUAAUAAUGUUAAGGCUAUAAUAGAAACUCCUGCUUUGGGGCCAGGUGCGUUUGCUUCAAUUGGUCCGUGGAUCUCUGGAGCUGACUUGAAGAAUAAGAUGAUUAAGUACUCCAGGACUGCCCAUUUCAUCACCAUCAUCAGAGACCGCGGGUCGGGAGUGGUGAAGAAGGAAGGGAGAUUGAGCUAUGAGUUGGAUGAUGGAGACAGGGCUAACAUGACAGUUGGGUUGAGACGGGCUUUGAGGAUUCUUGUGGCUGCUGGAGCAGUGGAAGUUGGGACUCAUAGGAGUGAUGGGCAGAGAUUGAAGUGUGAAGGGAUUAGUGAGAGUGAGUUGGAGGAGUUUUUGGACUCUGUUUAUGCCGCUAAAGGGCCUAUGUCAAUGGAGGAGAAAUGGACUAACUAUGGUUCUGCUCAUCAGCUUGGGAGUUGCAGAAUGGGGAUCAAUGAAAAACAAGGAGCUGUGGAUGAGAAUGGACAGAGCUGGGAAGCAGAGGGAUUGUUUGUUUGUGAUGCUAGUGUUCUUCCUAGUGCCAUUGGUGUCAAUCCCAUGAUCACUAUUCAGUCAACUGCCUAUUGUCUCUCCAAGAAAAUUGCUCAAUCUUUGACCAGAACAAAAACAGAUCUGUAAACUAUUUAUUUGAUAAGUCAUGAGGAUUUGUUAUCAUCGUAUUACUCUUAUUAUCAUUUAUUGAUGAAUGCUUUUAGUGAUGAUUUCAUGUGUUAUAAUAAAGAUUUAGUAUUAGUUGAUGUUUA